AUGCCGUUUCUAACGCCGACGGAUCGCCAGCGCCGCAUCAUCCAGCUUUCGCAAGAAUGGGGAGUUGACCUGCCUCCUGCUACGGCACCGCUCACGCGACCACACAAUCCGCCCUCGUUUUGGACGCCGAAAGAUGACCAGAUAGCAGAGGAUCUCAUGCACCGACGGGCAAAUGAGGUCUCGCAGUUUCGUCGGCAAAGCAGCUUAAGCAAGGCAUUCUCCUCGAACAACUUGAAGAAAGGCAAAAAUUGGGAUCCCCGUGAGGUAUUGGAGGUGCUGAGCUCAUGGAUAGCCAGCUCCGGCUCACCAGGUGUUGCCGAAGCUUUGAUACUCAAGUUAUCUGCCGGCGGAGUUGAAUUUAGCGGAAAUCAGACAAAGCAAAAGAGUGGCAUCUUGAGCCGAAGAAAGAGCGUCGACACUUUUGUUGAUCGCUCAAAGUUUCUCAAGCUUGCUGUCCAAGGCAACCAAUAUGAGAUGCUGCAGGUUCUACUUCCCCACGCUGAUGGCUUCUCCAUUGACCAGGCGCUCGCUCCAGCUAUCAGGAACGGAAAUGUACGAAUUGCGGAAUUGCUAUUGAGAUAUGGCGCCAAUGCUUCGCAGACACCCGAAGGCCAGGAUGCAUUUCGUCAGGCUUGCGUCGUCCAGAGCCAGGCACACAUGGUUGGUUUGCUUCUGCGAUCUGAAAAUCGACCAAGCGCCGCGUGGACGUCGGCUUGCAUGUGUGAUGCAUCAAGGGCCGCAAUUUUGGAGAUCGUUUUGCACCUCAGUAGGUCAACGGCAGAUGGCAAUCACAACAACUCGCAGGCUCUGAAAUCUGCUGUUGAGUUGGGGCGGCAAGAUAUUGCCCUGGCUAUAAUCAUGGGUAAUCACCCGCCAAAUGGACCUGGACUGGAUGAGGCAUUCCAGAUUCUUUACGAGCAUCCGUCGAUCAAUCCAGCAACAAAACUUGCCAUGGCAGAAUUGCUACUGUGCGCUGGCGCUCAGGGUGAUGUAUUGUCACAGGCAUUGGAGAGUGCUUGCGAGACACAAUUCUACGAUAUGGCAAACCUUCUAGCUAGAUAUGGGGCAUCGAUCGAGUACAAUGAUGCGACUGUGCUGAAGACGGCGAUUGCCCGCGGUGAACUCGACUUGGUGAGCUCUUUGCUGACCGAUCCAGCCAAAUUAAGUCCUGCUUUGGCGUCCAGCUGUGUGCCGCUAAUCGAAAAGCAAGCACCUGUUGAAACUCGCGCCAAGAUACUCAGUCUACUAUUGCGUAAAGGCGCAAACGGAGUCGCGCUGGAUGACAUGCUUAUUGAUGCUGCUGAGGCUGGCGACAUCGAUUCCAUAGAUUUGCUGCUGAAUCCAGCGUUUCCUGAGUCCACGCUUGUUACCCCUGGUGGCUCAAAUUAUGCCAGCCAUUCGAACGGAGCUCGUCGCCACGAGGUAGCCUCUGUUGACCACAGAUCUGGAGAAGCUCUACGUACCGCAGUUGUACGAGCGGAUUUGGUUAUGACAGACACGAUUCUGUCCGCACAACCUACUGCUGAAACUCUGUCGAUUGUCUUUCCAAUGACGAAGAAGUUGUCUCCCAAGGAUCGCUAUCAAAUGGCGCAGCUGUUCUUAAAAAGAUCGUUAUCCGGACCUUGCCUCCAUACAGCGUUGCAUGAUGCAAUUAAUGAAGACGCAGGCCAGCGGGAUAAUGCUCUGAUCAAGUUGCUAUUGGAGCAUAACGCUGACAUCAACUUUAGCCAUGGGCCAGGGUUGGCCGCUGUCAUCAAGCAAAAGGAUAUUAAACUUCUCGGCUCGCUGCUGCAGAAAGCAUCACCGCAAACCGCUGCCGCUCGUGUUAUGGAUGCUAUGGAGGUUUCGGACCAUAGGGAGCGCUUCGAAAUGACAUCCAUGCUGAUCAACACUGGUGCAGGCAUUGGCGCUCAAGAAAUUGCAAAAGCUCUUUUGCAAACUCUGACUGAGCGGCCUGUUGACAUGUCACUAUUAAGAUUGCUUCUUCAACAAGGAGGGGCGGAUAUUAAUCUGCUAGAGGGUGCUAUUGCCAAGAAAGCCGUCUCCAACCCUGAUCCCAAGGUUUUAGAUAUGCUCUUUGGCCACAGCAGACCAUCUGCAGCAACAGUCACUUGCGCCUUCAAUGAACUGGCUCCUCUCCCAUCAACCGACAGCAAAGCCUGGAAGCUGCGUGCCAUUCUGUCCAAAUGCAAACAUAAGGAGGAUCUAGACUGGGUGUUGGUACAUGAAGUGCAAUCACUACUGAAAACAAGCAACAACAAGGCGUCAUUAUCCACGCUGAAGAUUCUUCUGGACAGCGGCGCGGACCCUAAUUCCUAUAAGGCUGCUGCACUGUGUCACGCUGUUAUAGGAGCCAACGCUAAAAUUACUGAUAUGCUAUUUGAGGCAAAAGUUCCACCUAAUGCUGCCUCCUUGGGCGCUGCUCUUCCCCAUGUACUUCGAGUUCCGGAUGCCAUGGAGAGGCUUGCUCUUACGAAGAAGCUUGUCGACGCAGGCGCACACCCCCUGGAGAUCAACAGAGCCCUGGUACACGCCAUCACAACAUAUCCCAAAGAUGUGUCUCUGCAGAAUACUUUAGCAGCAGCAGCUGACACUUCUGAUGGUGAGGCAUUGUCGCUCUCAAUAUCAAAGGAGUCGCCCGAAACCAUGGACUUGCUACUUUCGAAAUCACAGUCUUCCAUGGAUACUCGGAGUGCCAUGUUGGUAAAAGCUAUGGAGGUCAAGAACCGAACAGCAAGACACCACAUGUGCAAAAGUCUAUUAAAACUAGGCGUGACAACAGACACGGCGUCCAGUGCGUUGCUAAUAGCAGCCCGGGAUGGGGACGUGAAACUGGGAGACCUGCUUAUGGCCCAUGGUGCUAGCAUUGCAACUAACAACGGACAGGCUAUCAUCGAGGCUUGUCGAGGUGGCUCUGCUGAAGUAUUGAGCGUGUUACUGAAGCAGGAUGGGCACAUCAAAAAGAGCACUCUGGAGGCGGGUUUCCAAGCUGCCACCGAGGUUCGUGAUCAGAGCAAGCGUGCUCUAGUCUUCGAACAGCUGUUAAAGAAGGGCGUGAGAGGCGACCUGGUUGAUUCUCAACUACAGUCAGCAGCUCGUUAUGGUGAAGACGGUCAAGCAGUUCUACGAGUUUUGCUAGUCGCUGGUGCGGAUCCUAAUUUUAAUAAUGGUGAAUGCGUGGUAGCAGCUACACGAAGUGCCUUCAUCGGAAACCUAGAGCUUCUGCUGGGCCUAUGGGAUGAAGGAAGCAACCAAAAGAAGGUAUCGCAGCCUACCUUAGCCAGAUCACUCAAAGCUUGCUGGAACCUCAGCCGUGAGAGCCGAUUCAAGGUUGUCAACGACCUCAUCAAAGCAGGGUUGCAGCCGACCGAUGAAAUUCACAUUGCCCUGAAUGAAGCCAUCAAUGAAGACGACCCUGAGGAACGUCUGGUGCGAGUUUUGCUCAAACAUGGAGCUUCGCCGGCUGCCAACGGCUGCAAGACACUUGUUGAUGCAGUGAAUAAUUCUGCGUCAUCAUCACUGGCACUGCUUCUAGAGAAGAACUUACCACAGGAAGAUAUUAGCAGGGCCUUUAAUCAAGCCUUCACGACUGAGACGUUUGCGAAGUGGUUCACUGCCCACGGACACGAAACCGCCAAAGUUCUCCUAGACAAGGGGGCCCAUGGCGAGUCCCUUAGCGGAGCAUUAGUCUUAGUGAUGAAGAACAGUACAGCUGACACCGAAAAGCUGGCAGACAAAUUUGUCACGUUGCUGAUCAAGCAUGGUGCGGAAGUCAAUUACAACAACGGCGAGCCACUUCAGCAAGCGGCUUCAAAGGCAAACCUUUCUUGGACAAAGCAGCUUCUCGAAUGCCGACCAACUAUUGAGACCCUUUCCCUAGCGUUUCAAUGCAUUUUUGACACAGCAUUAUCACAAGAUGAAGUACUGGAUUUGUUCAAAUUGUUUUCAGAGUACAGGGAUGGCGAUGUUCGAAUUGAUGUCAUGAGCAGCCAACAAGGAUCAGAACCCGUUCUCGUACGAGCCAUCUCGCAAUACCCAAGAUCAGCAACCAUCUUGGAAACCUUACUAGAUGCUGGCUUGUAUUACGACCAAGCAACGUCAUACAAGAUUCACUCCGACAUUGACGAGGAGGAGGAAAUGACUCUCCUCACAUGGGCUAUUUCACAGCCCCAAAAGCGAGUUAGCACUUCGGUGAUUGAACUGCUACUCGCACGUGGGGCCAAAGUGAACGCCGAAACAAACCUGUCUCGUACCACACCACUCAUGCUAGCAAUCCAGACCCGGCGACCUGACCUCGUGAAACUUCUUUUACUUGAAGGUGCGGAAGUAGAUCUACUAGAUUAUUUGGGAAGAACACCGCUAUCUAUGGCAACCGACAUUGGGGGCGACAUCUCAACACAAAUUAUGUCACUUCUCCUUGCCGCAGAGCCCUCAAGGGACGAUGGUUCCCUACACAACGCCGCUCGAGAUCUCAACUUACCAGUCGUCAAAGUUUUGGUCCAAUCGGGCCAUGAUCCCGAUUUUCCUAGUCCCCUUCACGAAGGACGCAGUGCGCUGGCUGAACUAUGCCUUCAUGGCUCGGACAGGGGCGAAAUGACUGCCGAGAGGGAACGCACAAUGCAAAAAGUCAUGACGUUUCUCAUCGACAACAAGUCUGACCUGUCGCUAAAAGCAAACAACAAGACAUUACUACAACUAUGUUUCGAAGCUUCCGAGCCCAUAGCCACGACGAGAUGUUUCCUCAAAUCAGGCAUGUGGAAACUCAUCAACAAGCCCUUCAACUUCUACACCGCCGAAGGGUACACCUACUCACCCACUAUGUACAUUAAGAAAAUCCUUCCUCAAACAGACUCAUCAGACUCCCUACUCAAGGUCCUCAAAGCCAACCGCGCUAACGACGUCUACUACGCCGUAUCCGGCCCCCAACCAGCUGAUGCGACUGGCCUUCCUGAAGACAUGGUAGUUCAAGAGCGUGCUCGAAAAGCUCGACUCGAACGCCUUGCUGAAGAGUCGGAAGAAUUUUCCAUCGCCAUGGCUCGCAAACGCGAAAUAGCCACGGUAGAACAACAAAUUCUAGCUCAAAAGGCUGAAAUGGAGGAUAUGCGACGCCGCAAGCUACACAACGAAGACGUAGCCGCUGUAAGAUCGAGAGCACAGCUCGAAGAAUCGCUGGCGAGUGCAGCACAUACGCGCAGAUUACAAGAACACCACUCGCUAGCAGAGUCGUCCAUAUCACGGACCCGAGCACUCGCUGCUUCGGAGCUUGACGCCGAAGAAGCAAGGCAGAGGAAGGCGCUGGAGUGGGAGACGAGGCUGAAUACCGAAAAGGUCGACAAUGCGAGGGCCCUCAGUUCUAUUAGAAUCAGUGAGAGGCAGGAAGUCGAGAGACUAGAUAAAGGUGCGGAGGCGAGGAUCAAGGGACGGUUGGAAGCGCAAAGGAAGUUGGUUGAAAGUCAGGAGAAGUUGGCGAAGAGGUUGGCCGAUGGGCCUGGUGGAGGGGUGAAUGAUCCGAGGAGGCAGAUUGGGUAUGUGACGGAGCUGAAUUAG